AAAUAGACACUUAAAAGUAAGAUUAAAUCUUAAAAACUUGUUUCCUGUUGAUAACUUCUUAAGGAUGGCUAUCACUGAGUGCAUGUAAUCCAACUGUUUGAGUGAACCGAUAUAAAUACCCUGUAAAAUGAUGACUUUACCAGUUAACGCCAAGUUAUCACCAAAUUUGUUUGUGUAAAUUUGAGAAGUCUAUAAAAAUGUGGUUACUCAAGAUCACUUUAAUUGUUAGCUUGUUCGUUUUCUGUUGUAAAGCAAAAAAUUUUGUUUUGGAUAAAUAUACUGAUCAAAUUAAUAUUUAUGAUCCGAAGAUGAAUGAUAACGAAAAUGUGCAAGGUGUUAACUUAAAAUGUGAGCAAAUUAAAUUUGGUCAUAUGUACUAUGAAGCGACAUAUUUUGAAGAAGAUGGCGUACCUGCAAUUACACCAGUAAUGAUAGAUGUCGAAGGAGCAGAUGUUUCAGGAGCAAUAAUUGAGAUUAUGGGAGAAUACGCAGAUUUUUUCACAUACAAUGCAAUCGAAAAAUCAAUUGUAGCAAUAAAAUUUUUACCUUUGUUAAUUCAAUCUCGGAAUUAUAUUCUUGUGAAUAUAGUGGCUACACUGGGAAAUGAAAGAGCAGAAGCAUUAUUAAUUAUAAGUAUGCCUACAAAAGAAUGUGUUAAUUUUUAUAAAUAAAUAACUGAAAUUACAAGUACUUUAUGACUUAUCUAUGUAUUUUGGUUGGUUAAUGUGGUUAAUAAAUUGUUUAAUAAAUCUAUUUGGUGGUUAUUUUUCUCCCUAGAUUUAACUAUUGUAUCAUAGAUGUCGCAAAUUCCAUUACAAUCAACAAA